AUGGACGAAUUGAAGGAGAGAAGGAAAAGAUAUCAGUCAAGGGAAUCAAGGCUGGAAAGGGAAAUGCGAGACUUGCAGCUGAGACUAGACCGCGAAAUGGCAGGAGUCAAUCGCGGUCGCGAGGAUCGUCGUCGUCGGACCGGAAGCCACACUCGGGACGAUGAACACAGAAGGAGACGUGGAGGAAGCGCGACAGCGGAGCAUGACAAAGGACGCGAGAGGGCGAGAGAAGGCACACGACCAGACGAUACUCGUGAUGGACGUCGCAGCUCCUCAUCAUCGUCGUCGAAUCGUACCUGA